UUCUUAUUCUGUUAUAUGAUUGGUUAGCAUGAUGUAGCAUUUCAUUGUAAGAGGCAUGAUUGGUAAAUUAACAAUACUUGAAUGGUGAAAAGAAGUAUGUCUGCAAAUGACUAGUCUAAAAUUGACAAAAAUAGCAAGUUGUUCAAUAACUAAUUAAUGCGCUCACAUGAACGGUUGAAGAAAGUUGACAGUGAAAUACAAAUUUAGUUUAAUAAAGAAAGUGCUCUGCUCAUCACCAUGAAGGAAGAAAAUACAAUGAAAUAUACUGAUAUUUCAGGAUUUCUGCCUCAAAAAGAAAAUGUUUAUAAUAAAUUACUUCCUUACGCCGAUAAACUAGAUGAAGAAUCUGCAAGAUUAUUUCUAGACAUCAAAACUAACCUUGUCAAGUCGGUUUUAGCAAAAGAAACGAGACCAGGCUGUGCUUUAUGGACAUCCAGACUUAUUAAAUAUAUGAAAAUUUAUGGACUUAAAUUUUCAAAGGAAGACCACAUUGGCCUUAUUCAAUUAUAUUAUGCACUUCUUACCAUUCCAAAUUUAGAACCCACCAGAAUUAACAAAUUUGCUUCAACUUUACAAUUCCUUUUAAAAAAAAGACAUUUAAUAAGUCCAGAAGAACUAGAAUUAGAAUGGAAACCACUUUAUGAUUUAUGUAUUAGGAUAAUGGAAACAAGCAAAACAGACUUGGGAAUGUACAGAUAUUUUUUGACAUUAGAGAAUACUCUGAAAAAUUUGAUAAGAUUUUGCAGAAUUUAUUUUCCAGUUGAAGCAACACAGGAAAUAUUAGAUGAAUUUAGGCCACUAUUAUGCCCCCACAGCACCGCCGACAUUGCUUGUGCUAUAGAAUAUUUAGAAUUGUUUUUGCCAGUAAUUAUGAAGCCUGAGCAGGCCAACAUUGGGUAUAAUUUAUGGUUGGAAGAAUUAAUGAACCUUUGGGAAGUAUGUCACAAUGCUAGUGUAUGGGAAAAUCACUUGAUGUGGUUAAUGGCUAGAAUAUCCAACUUUAACACUGGUUACAUAAAUUGGGAAAAAUAUAUUCCUAUAAUGUAUGUUAGAUUUUUACGUACCCUACAACUUCCCAUUGCCUACAGACAAAAGCAAACAGGAAAACAGUUCAAAAUUGAUAUUUCCGCAAUUGCAAUCUGGAUCGUUGCCACAUUGGGCGGCAGCAGUGAUACGGCGUUCUUUCAUUUAGAGAAAUUUAUGCAAAUUCUUGAGUCUUAUUAUCAUCCAGCAAAUACUGGAAAGUGGACCCCGAAAAUUAGAGAAAUGUUAAAGAAAUUAAAUUACUAUUUUGUGGAACGAGUUCAUACUGAAAGAUACAAAAAACCCAGCUGGCAGUUACUUGCUCCUGAGGAGUUUAGACUGUCGGAUACUGACAUAGACAAGUUUGUUAACAUAAUGAAACCCUGUAUAGAACAGGCGAUGUUUUCAAGACAAGGUUCUCAUGAUGUGACUCAAGCUUUACAAUUCUUAGCUGCUUUGAGACCCAACAUUAUAGUCCCAAUGGUUUUAGAAAAAUUGUACGCAUCUAUGGAUAGCUUAACAGAACCCCAUAAGCUAACGUCAUCCAUAGUAAGCGCAAUGGGGGUUUCAAGAUUUAUGGUAUCUGGCACGAAAAAUAAUUAUCCGGAAGGUCCUACUCACGUCAUACCUCUAUUAUUUGCACUUUUACCUGGAAUAGAUCCGAAUGAUAUUAACAAAUUAUUCGUGGCUUUCGAUUUGAUAUCUCACUUGGCAAACUUGGCCCCAUUUGUUGAUUGCUCCGAAGCGAGUAAUUAUUACGACGAUUUGACUGAAGAAGAACACAUAAUAUGCGAAGCGUCUGCCGGAUUUGAGGAUUUUAUGGUACAAUUGUUUGACAAGAUAUUCAUUUGGGUCGAAUCGAACUCCCUCGAGUUUGUAAGAAUGGAACAACACGAAUUGGAUCAGAAAAGUAAAUUGGAAUCUCUUUCCGAGUUUGCUCUUUUAAAUUUGACCACAUCGGUAUUGUUCCAGUGUUCACCGUCAAUUUUUAUGACAGUAUUACGAAAAGUGCAUAACUUCGCCACAAACAGAAUUAUGGAAUCGAAAGUUUCAGGAAAACUUAUUGCCAUGCUAUGUUCUUGUUUCACUAAAGUUAAUCCUAAGGAAACUUUAAAACUUUUCGUACCCGAUUUAUGUGACACUAUUAAAAUUCUUCUUAAUGAAAACGAAAAUGCUUUAAAUGAAGAACACCUUAAUGAUGAACUUGCAUACAACCUUUUGCUUCUAUCAGAAAUUGUGGACGGGAACAGUCAUUUACUACAAUACAUCGAUCGAUUGAAUGACAUCUUAGAAAAAACAUUGCAUAUGAAAUCUGUACAUGGUAAUAAACUCUCCGCCCAUUUGUUAAACAUGUUGAUGAUGUCCCUCACUACAGUUCAACCUACCGAAUAUAGAAGUUUAACAAAAAGCUACGAUACCCCUAUUAAAGACUUUUUAAUAGUUAGAGAGUGGGGAAAACCCGGAGAUUUAUACAAUCUCAACAUAUCAUGGUAUGUGCCUGGAGAAAAAGAAAUAAAGUGUAUUGAAAUGCUCCUACACAAAUAUUUAGUACCUGAAUUAGAAAAAUUAAACAGGUUUGUAGAGGGCAGCCAAAAUAUAGAAAAAAAUGACCUUAUACAAAGCUUAAGAAUAGUUUACUCCAUAUUAGGCUGUCAGAAUGUUCUACCACUGUGGGAAGAACCUGCUUUGAACUUGAUUGAAUCUGUAAUUCCCCCAUGGGCCUUUGAACUUACCGUUGGUACAGACCAUGCAGUAAAAAUGCCCGAUGGUAGAAACGUUCGUAAAACAAUCGCUGACGCUAUACAUGCCGUUCAAAAGAAAAUUUUGGAAGUUGAUGAAGGCAACACCAAAAGCUUGCAGUUUAUCAUUCGAAUUUAUAAUAUACUUGUAUUCAAUAAAUUUACUGGAAGGGAUUUCGAGAUGCAUUGGAAAACAUUCCACAGCGCUAAAAAAUUUUUAGAAGACAGGUUGCACCAAAAGAAGGCUCAUUUACGUUAUAUUUUGAUCGACAGAGUCAAAUUACACCAAGAAUUUAGGACGGAAAGUAGAAGUUGUACUUUCACAGAAACCCACAAACAAAUUCUUUUGGACCUAUUUGAAUUGGGCAUUAGCAGAUACAGUGAAGUUCGAAAAUCUGCUCAAACUAGAAUAUUUAGCGCUAUUAACACGUUUCCAUUUUCUUAUACCAUAUUGGCACCCAGCAUAAAAUACGUGCUCCAAUUGGACACUAUAGAAAACCAUGAAAAAUUUAAGGGAUGUCUUCAUAUCCUUAUGGGCCCAAAGACAACACCAAUUGCCACAAGACACGACUGGGCCUUUAUAAGAGAUAUUUGGCCCCUUCUGGUUAAAUCAAAGCCUUGCGAAAAGCCUUCUAUAGUGAAUUUAAUGACCAAUUUGUCAGAUUCGGUGAAACGCUAUUUCCCUACUAUUGCUAUCAAAAUUGAGGUUACUGAUAAAUGUCUGGAACUUGCUCAUAUAAUAGCUAAAAAUGUACCCCAAGUAGAUUUAGCAGAUUUCGAUGAAAUAAUGACUAACGGAAGGGAGCAAUUGGAAGUAAAUAACAAAGAGCGAAUGAAGAACUACAACGAAACUAUACAAUUACUGUUAGAUGCCUGUUUGGAUGGAAAUUUGCAUUGGCGUCAUUAUUUAAUGGCUGUUGGAUUCAUGAGGGAAUUAGUUCAUCCUGAUGUAAAGUACAGUCCUGAAGUGGUUAAUUUCUUUCUUCAUGCUAUGUUACAUGAUUUGAUAGGAAUAAGAAAAAUCGCGCUUCGAGUGGUCCUUUUCAUUCUAGUCCAAAAUAAACCAAAGUUUGUAAAGAAAUCAUUAAGUUUAAAACAUUUCGGCAUCACCAACCGAAACGUCGUUCCCGGCAUUAGACCUGACAACCAAUGGCUUCUCUAUAAUAGCAAAACUGUACCCAACUCACCUGAAGAAUGGGAGCAACUUCGAUAUGUGCAUAAACAAUAUAUUGGAUUCUAUACUUGGCCAAAGGAAAUUGAAGUUUAUUCUUCUCCAAGUGAACAACCAACACCUGCAAAGAGAAUGGACAUGUUAAGUCCUCAGGAAAAAGAAAUUUAUAAUUUCUUUUGUGAUUCCAGUAACGUUAAAAUGCUAAUUAGAUAUUUUUCAAUGGAAGAAAAGAAAGGCAAAGAUCAAUUUAAUGUGUUUCGUUUAUUAAUUUUUAAGAACAUUUUUAAAAUGUUUGAAGAUAAACUUCUGGAUGUAUACAUCUCUCAUCUUCAAGAACUUGUCGAUGACAAACAAGAGCAAAGUCAAAGAUGCGCCGCUGAAUUAAUAAGUGGACUUAUAAAGGGUUGUAAACAUUGGAGUUAUGACAGCACCGUCAAAUUAUGGACAGAAUUAAUUCCACUCAUUCGCAUUGCAUUCUGUAAUUUUUCAGUAGAAACCAUUGGAGACUGGGGAUUAAGUAUAGCUGUGGCUCUGGAGUCUCGAGACCCUAAUCGUUACCAUUGGUUGCUGGAAUUCCUUAUGGACAAUCCUUUGGCUGAACAAACGUCAUUCAUUGGCUGUGCUAGAAUUUAUCUUCUACAGAAUGCCCUUCAUCAGCAGUCCUGGAGGAAUGCCGAGCUUAUACACAGAAUGUUGGAAUAUUUCAAGGGUUACUUAGCGCAUCCUUUUCAAAAUGUGAGGGAGAAAAUAAGUUAUUGCUUGACGAGCGUCUUCGGUAAAGACGUGGUUUUUCCUGAAGGAAAUGUCACUAACUGUCCAAGAGUUGGCGAUUUUUUCGAACAUGUUAUGCCCAGGUUACAUGAACUUUACAGAUGUAUUUUAAAGGAAGUUAGUACACACGAAAAGGACAGAAGUAAUGGCUUUGUCAACAACACCAGUUUGCCUUUGGAGUCCUUAAAUGAUGAACACAGGGAAGAAUUAAUAAGGCUAUUUAAGACAGUAUCGAAAUAUGUGACAGGAAGUAUAGUGAAAACAAAUUGUUCAGCAGUCCCUGAACAUUAUCAGCUGUUGCCCCUGGCUUGUGUUCUUCAAGGAAACGACAAAGAUGACGAACUUAAAUCUAUCUGCUCAAAUUUGUUAGCUGUGAUGGGACAUUCUCUAAUCCUUAAUGAAUAUGUCCCGGCUGCUUUGAAAGCAAUUAAAGAAGUUUCAAAUUGUCCCCUAUGGUCUGCUAGAGCCGUUGUUACCGAAUUCAUUCCAGUUUUAAUUUUCCACAAUAUGCCUACAAUUAUUUCCAAAAAAGAAUGGGUUACAGAGGUCGUAGAUAUUACCUUAAAACUUCUUGAAGAUAACCAACCUGAAGUUAGAAUAUUGGCAGGUAAACUUUUAAGUGGUCUCCUUCACUAUCAUUUUAUUCCAGAACCUUUAGAACUACUUGCUGAUUUCAAAAGAAAAUCUAAAGCGUCAAUGAAAUCACAAGGAACGAAGCGAAAAUUUGCGGAUGUUCGUACAAGACAUGCCAUUGUUUUAGGACUUUGUGCCUUCAUCGACUCUCACCCUUAUGACGUACCUGACUAUUUACCAGAUGUUUUCCAGCAUCUGGGACUUCACUUGAAUGAUUCUGAGCCGAUACCGUCUACAAUUCGACGUACUUUGGGAGAUUUUAAACGUACCCAUCAUGAUAACUGGGAAGUACAUAAAUUAAAAUUUACAGAAGAUGAGCUCUUAGUUUUAAGUGAUCUUACAGUGCCUCCAAGUUACUACGCAUAGUUUCAGGAAAUUGCUUUUCACCAAUGGUGAAAUAAUUUGCCUGAUUGUUUAAUUUAAUACCAAAUUUUUAAAGCCUCGUUUUGAUUCGUUUGUUACCCUUUAAAACCCAAGUUAUACUUUUAACUUUUUAUUAAUAUAUAUUUAAAUGGUGGACUGAUAACAGAAAAAUGGAGUAUUUUUGUUAUAUAUGUAAAAAGUGAUUAAGGUGAAAGGAUACUGUACUUAAAAUUAAGAAAAUAUUAAAGUCUCAAAUUUUA